AUGAGAUUACUACAAUAUAUAUUAUGGAUCCAAAAUAUUAAGGAAUUUAAAGUUUGGUUUGUUUUCUUUGUAUCUUAUUGUAGUAAGCAUUAA